ACGUCAUAUGGACCUCAUUGAACUCCUUUCCUCACAAACCAAGUCUUAGACACUGAUUCCAUUGCAUCGGUUCCCCGGUUUUCUUAGUUAGUAUCUUACGACAUUUCUUGAGCUGCGACAGCACGCGACAACACGAUGAGCGAUCUGGACAUUCUUGUCAGCAAUGGCACGUGCUAUACCAAAGCAGGAGAAAAGCUAGAUGAGAGCUUCAUACCGUGCGGAAACACGGCUUUUGGAUUCCAGACAUGCUGUGGAGCUGGUGACAACUGCAUGGCGGAUAAUGCGUGUUUUGGAGUACACGGCUCUGGAUAUGGCUCCCAGUUGACAUACCAAGCUGGAUGUACCGAUCCGGAUUACAAGGAUAAGAGUUGCCCGGAUAAGAAAGGAAUAGAUCAGCCAUGGAUAGCACUUACCCGCUGCGACGACGAUGAAAGCGUCUGGGGCGCAUGUUCACAAGAAGGAAACCCCUCUACGCUCCAGCCUGGCUCACAAUGCAGCUGCACCGAGAAGGCCAAAUUCACGCCAACUGCGUUCUCAGAUUCACCAGUUCUUGCUCUAUUCGCAUCGUUGCCUACAGGUACCGGCGGGAGUAUCAAGUUCGAGACCGGACAUGUUCCCACUGGCGACCCGACGAGCGACUCUUCGCCCGCUGAGACCGGAUCGGCGUCCACUGGGGGCUCGGGCUCGGGCGGAACUAAUCAGAGUGCAAGUCAGACCGGCAACAGUGCAACAGAAGGAAGCGCAGGGAACAACGCGACGCCAUCGCGAACGGGAGCAGGGUCGUUGAGCAGUAAUACAUCAUCGGGCAGUGACUCGUCUUCUACUGGUAGCGGCUCAAAUAACGGUGGUUCGAAUAACGGUGGUUCAAACAACGGCGGCUCAAGCGACAGCAGCUCAGGCCUUGCAUCAGGCGCGAAGAUCGGAAUCGGUGUCGGCGUGGCCGUCGGACUCCUCCUCCUCAUCGCCAUAAUAGCAGCGGUCCUCCUCCGCCGCCGAAAACAUCGACGAUCUGCGGCCACAGCUCCUGAGAUCGAAAAGGGGGACAAGAACGACGCGUCGUCACUGACGGGCGCUGCCGCAGGUCGCGCGUCCGACGCAACAGGUGCCGAUCCACGCCUCUCCAACGUGACCGGUGCGACUGAGAAGACGAAUAACAUCUCAGAGGCAGAUGGAAAGCCUUUAUCGGGGGCAGCCAAGCCUGGCGUAACUGAGCUUGACAGUGAGGCUGUCAUGGAAGUCUCGGGUCAGACUGCGCAUCCUUGGGACAGAGGCGCAGAACUUGAUGGCAGGCCAUUGAGGAAGCCGUCGAGUCCGAAAGAGUUACCUGGAAGCCUUGCGGCUGAGUCGCCUCCGAGUUGGGUGGUCCGAUAGUCAAUGUCAUGAGCAAUCCCGAAAGAGUUUGAAUUUUU